UAGUAGUCUGGCAGAAAUCCGACAGCCCUCGAAGGUAGCACCCAGAGCUGCAUUAUAGCCCGGAGCGACCGAGCUAAGUCAGAAUGUCUGAGAAGGAGCUCGGAAAAAAGUGGGACCGCUGCCUGGCGGACGGUGUCACUAAACUGGGUACCGGUCUGGGGUUAGGAAUUGUGUUUUCUGUCCUGUUCUUCAAAAGACGUACGUGGCCUAUUAUGUUAUUCUCUGGAGCUGGGCUCGGCAUGGCGUAUUCCAACUGUCAGAAUGACCUGAGGUCACAAUAUCUGCUGCACAGAAAAAAAAAGCAGGAGCAGUAACUACAACCCGUCAAGUUGUUUUUUUAAAUCUUAUUUAUGCAAUGAUUUUGUUCAUGCUGUUGAGGUAUCCCAGUUUGAACUAUGCUACAGUUUGAUUUGUGUAUUAACCAUCCCAGUAAUGAUUGUAUGACUUGAUCUGCCUGAUCAGAGCAAUCUGUGUGUAUUUAAUAAAAUAAUCAUCAGUUGUGGAAAAACAA